CACACACACACGCACAUAUACACACACACACACACACACACACACACACACACACACACACCAAAAUCAAUGAGCCUCGGACGGCCAACUCUUCCAGGAAGGUAUUAACCAUCACCUGGCCAACAUGUAGUGUGUGAGACGGUGCAGAGGAAACAAUUGUAAUAAACAGAUAGAAAGUUACAGAGAUAUCCGAUGGGUUUAUAGCGCGUCGGCGGCUCCUCGAUACAAAACAACAAAGUCGGAUGCUCGCAUUUCCGCUCGGGUCUCACACGGAAAAACAAGGAGGAAGGAAAAGUGGAAACGGGACAACUUCCUGAAUUCGACUGAGACAUGUCCGACUCCCCUUUACAACUCAACAUUAAGCAGGAGAGGAGCGCAUUCAGUCCCUCUGCCAGUCCGCUGCCAAAUUCCACUUCCUCUCCGGGCCAUGGCGCUCCGCCUCUGACCAAUGCCAAGACAGAGGAAGAGCCGGCCAGACUGCCUGGACACCUGCGUCUGCAGCCUGUGUUCUGGAGCAGAGAGGAUGUAGUUCAGUGGCUGCGCUGGGCCGAGCGAGAGUUCGCUCUCAGACCCAUCUCCAGCGGAAGUUUCCAGAUGAACGGUAAAGCCCUCCUGCUGCUCACCAAGGAGGACUUCCGCUAUCGUUCACCCCACUCAGGAGAUGUUCUUUACGAGCUGUUGCAACAUAUCCUGAAGCAGAGGAAGCCCCACUCAUCCUUCCCCAACAUGUACUACCCUGGAAGCUCCUUUCACUCUCUGCCAGACGCAGCGCUGCAACACCACAAACUUGAGGAAACGGUACUAAGAACCCCACAGACCAGAGAUACUCACCCGCUCCAUCCUCCCACCAUUGAGCUCCGUCAUCGCUCACGCUCUCCUCGCCGUUCGCCUGCCAGUGCCACAAAUGUCCACCUUGCCUCAGCUGAGGACAUCCAACCAGUGCCCUCCCAGCUGCCCGACAGCAACAACCACCUCCCAGAGGACCUGUACCCACUGUCUGUGUCGCCCACGGCCCCGAACGGCCAUCAUGCUCAGCGUCCAGCCAGCCCGUGCCAGGAGGAGGUCGCUCCUCGGGUCAUCCAGCUGAUGCCCAGCGCCAUCAUGCACCCGCUGCUGCUCAGUCCCGGGCGAGGAGGGGUUCCUGGCGAGUUCAGACAAGGCCGGACCUCAGCCCAAGAGAACGGGCGUGAGGGGAAGAGUCAUCAUCAUCAUAAUCACCACCACCAUAAUCACCACGCUACUCCUCACCAUGUACUGAGCCUGGCAGCGCAGCAGCAGUCACACCAGCAUGAAGAUGUGCGUUAUAGGAACCAGAUCCUUAUGCCCGUGUCACCACCUGAGGAGCAGGGUGUGCCUAUCGGACGCAUUGCUGAUUGCAGACUGCUGUGGGACUACGUGUAUCAGCUCCUGUCGGACAGCCGCUACGAGAACUACAUCCGCUGGGAGGACCGCGACUCUAAAGUGUUCCGAAUCAUUGACCCCAAUGGCCUGGCUAGACUUUGGGGAAACCAUAAGAACAGGACCAACAUGACAUAUGAGAAAAUGUCAAGAGCACUAAGACACUAUUACAAACUGAACAUCAUCAGGAAAGAGCCAGGCCAGAGGCUGCUGUUCAGGUUCAUGAAAACCCCAGACGAGAUCAUGAGCGGACAGACGGAGCGCCUGGAACAUCUCGAGUCCGACACGGACGAUCAAAUCUACAUUAAGGAGGAGUGCUGAGCGCUUUCCAUACACUGAGAUGAACUUUUAAAGCCAGAGAUGCCUCACCAAUGUUCUGCUGUGUUCAGUAUCCCCCUUUGCCGAGCAGACCUGGACGUCGCUUAUAACAAAAUGGGAGCCGACUUUAAGAGACGACGUCGUUUUCUGCACUGUUUUCUACGCUGAAUCUUAAUAAUCAUAUACUUCAUUUCCUGCUUCAGAAGAGUAAAACUUUCAGUAUGACAAUCAUUUAAAUGAAUGAUAAGUUCUUCUACAAAUCGCCUCUUUCAAAUUCCUGGCACAAAUGAAUGAUUUCAUACUUUUAAAUGAGGACUCUCUUUUUUUUUAGCGUGUUGUGCAAACACAACCUGCAGUUCGUGUACACGAGUUAUACAAGAGAUUAAUUCAAUAAAUUUUAAUGAGUGAUUCA